AUGAUUUCCCCGGAAAUUAGUCUCGGUGAAAUGCGAAAUGCCCAUCAGAAAACUUCAAAUAUUCUUCACAAAACUCCGAUUCUAACAUCAGAAAAUAUCGAUAAAAUUGUUGGAGCCCAUGUGUUUUUUAAAUGCGAACAUCUACAAAAAACUGGAAGUUUCAAAGCUCGCGGAGCACUGAAUUCUGCGAUUUUGGCGAAAGAGAAAUUUGCAGCGGAUGGUGUGAUUGCGCAUUCUUCCGGAAAUCAUGGACAAGCUUUGGCAUGGGCGGCACGAGAAAUUGGGCUGAAAUGCAGUCUAGUUGUGCCGAAAAAUGCGCCAGCUUCGAAGAGUGCAGCAAUGUUUGAAUAUGGUGCGGAUGUGGUUUAUUGUGAACCUACAGCUACUGCAAGGUUGGUUCAUUUUUAUUUCAAUCAAGCUGGAAAUAUUAAAUUAAAAGUUUUCCCGACAAGAAUAUUUUUGUAGUCUAAAAAUUCUGAAUUUUACCACAAACUUAACUAAAAAUUGUGAUUUCGUGACUUUGAUUUUUGUUUGGAAAUUUUAAAGGGAUACACAUUUUCCAGAAAUGUCAAUGCUAUCUUGAAAAUCCUUGAGAAUAAUUUUCCGGAAAUAUGAAAAUUUCCGGUACAAUUUUGUUCUAAAUUCUGUAAUUUUUGCAGAGAACAAACCUGCCAAAAACUUGCCAAAGAACUUGGAUUCUAUAAUGUAGAACCUUUCAAUUGUGCAUCAAUGAUCAAUGGACACGCUAGUUUAGGAUUCGAAAUUUUGGAUCAAAUCGGAGAUAAGAUUGAUAGCAUUUUCUUGUCGGUUGGUGGCGGUGGAAUGGCCUCUUCAAUUGCAUUUUGUAUCGGAAACUUGAGACCAGAUAUUAACAGUGAGUGUGAUUUUUUUUUAAUUUGAGACUCAAGCCUAGGAAAAAGUUAUGUUUUUAGUCUAUCUUGUUGAGCCGGAGCAGAAAAAACUAAACGAUCUUCUGUCGAAUGACGUAAUUUGUCCUGUUGAUACUUUAAAUACAAUUGCGGAUGGUGUACGAGUUGCACGAAUUGGCUCGCUUUGUCAACCGAUUUUGAAACAAUUCUGCAAUCAUAAAGUGAUUAGUGUUAGUGAAAAUGAGAUCAGAGAAGCUGUGAAGUUGAUUUGGACAAGAUUGAAGCAAAGAGUCGAACCAACUGCUGCCUUAGCUUUUGCUGGAAUUGCAUUUCAUCGACCGGCUCAUGUUAAAAAUGCGGCGGUUAUUUUAUGCGGUGGAAAUGUAGAUAUCGAUUUUAUACCAUGA